GCACAUACACACGCACGCACACACAUACACACACACAUACACACGCACGCACACACAUACACACACACAUACACGCACGCACGCAGUCGCUCGAGCGCACACACAAACAAACAUGGCGGCCAGGCAGAGGGGUAAGAUGCUCGUUGUGGGUCGUUGCGCGGUGUAUGUGCUGUUAUGGCUGGUUCCCGGUUCGCUUUGCUCCACACUCUGGCUUCACCGGGAUCACAGGUUCAUGUUGCCGCAGAACAGAGGCUUUUCUUCGGUCAGUGCGUUUGAUCAGGUCCUGGAGAGAAGCGCGGAGCAGCACCGACACCGCGCUCGGAGGAGCAGCAGCACCGACACCGCCGUGCCAAAGGUUUACGGACGGGCCAACCUGAAUGACUCUCAUAACCAGAUGGUUGUGCACUGGGCUGGAGAGAAGAGUAACGUCAUCGUAGCUUUGGCAAGAGACAGCGUCGGAGCCACCGACCCCAAGAGCAGCUCGGUUUAUGUGUCGUAUGACUAUGGAACCACCUUCAUCCACAUUUCAGAUAAGUUCGACCUGCCUAGUGGGAAGGAGAACAGCAAGCAGGUGAUCUCGCAGUUCUACCACAGCCCUGCUGAUAACCGACGUUACCUUUUUGCAGACACCAAAAACAGUUACCUUUGGAACACCUUUGAUUUCUGCAAGAGCGUCCAGGGAUUCUCCAUCCCCUUCAGACCCACAGACCUGCUCCUGCACAGCAAGAGACCAAACCUGGUCCUGGGUUAUGACAGUUCCCACCCUAAUAAGCAGCUGUGGAAGUCAGAUGACUUUGGUGAAACAUGGGUGCUGAUUCAAGAACAUGUCAAGUCCUACUUCUGGGGAGUCGAGCCGUAUGACAGCCCGACCACAGUGCUGGUCCAGAGGCACAAACCCCAGGGUGUCUCCAGCAUUCUCAGCAGCACUGACUUCUUCCAGAGCGAGGAAAACCGACACAUCAUUCUGGAAAGGGUGGACAGCUUUCAGCUCCGGGACAAGUACAUGUUCGCUACUACAACCAGGACGCUGCUCGGGAGCCAUGAGCCACAGUCGGUACAGCUGUGGGUCUCCUACAACCGCCAGCCCAUGAGAGCGGCCCAGUUUAACACUCGCCACCCUAUCACUGAGUAUUACAUAGCAGACGCCUCAGAGGAUCAGGUGUUCGUGUGCGUGAACCACAACAAUAACGUCACGCACCUGUACAUCUCGGACACGCAGGGGCUCGCCUUUUCUCUUUCUCUGGAGAAUGUGCUGUAUUACAGCCCCGAUGGUUCAGGAAGCAACACCCUCAUCAGGUACUUUGCCAAUGAGCCGUUUGCAGACUUGCACCGUGUGGAGGGCCUGCGUGGCGUGUUUGUAGCCACACUCAUCAACGGCUCGCUCAGCGAAGACAACAUGCGCUCUGUGAUCACCUUUGACAAGGGCGGCACCUGGGAGUUGCUGCAGCCACCAAAUUCCGACAGCCUUGGGGGCUCCAUCGAUUGCCAGAUUUCUAAAGGUUGCUCCCUGCACUUGGCUCAGCGAUGGAGUCAAUUGUUGAAUAUUCAGCUUCGCAGGAUGCCCAUUCUGAGCAAAGAGUCUGCACCUGGCCUCAUCAUGGCAACAGGAUCCGUGGGAAAGAACCUGGCCAAUAAGCCCAAUGUGUACGUCUCGAGCAGUGCCGGAGCCAGGUGGAGAGAGGCUCUGGCUGGUCCUCACUUCUACACCUGGGGGGACCAUGGAGGCAUCCUGAUGGCUAUUUCCCAGGGUGGCGCCACCCAGACACUUAAGUUCAGCACCAACGAGGGCGAGACGUGGAGUGAGUUCCAGUUCUCCAAGCAGGAUGUCUACGUAUACCAGCUGCUGACCGAGCCAGGCGAGAAGAGCACCAUCUUCACUAUCUUCGGCUCCUACGCUGAUCAGUCACACAGCUGGCUCAUUCUGCAGGUCAACGUCAGCGACGUGCUCGGUGUGCCAUGCACCGAAGGUGACUAUAAGCCCUGGUCUCCGUCUGAUGAGCGAGGAAACGGCUGCGUUUUGGGCCGUGAGUUGCUCUUCAAGCGUCGCUCGCCACACGCGACCUGCUUCAACGGCGAGGACUUUGAUCGACCUGUCAGCCUGUCUAACUGCUCCUGCACGCGUCAGGACUAUGAAUGUGAUUAUGGUUUCAAGCUGAGUGAGGACCUAUCUCUUCAAGUGUGCGUUCCUGACCCUGAGUUUUCGGGCAACUUGUACGCCCCUCCUGUGCCCUGCCCGGUGGGCACGAUGUACCGCCGCAGCAAAGGGUAUAGAAAAGUGCCGGGUGAUAGCUGCACUGGUGGAGAUGUCGAGGCCCGGUUGGAUGGAGAGAUGCUCCCAUGUCCUAUUGGAGAGAGUAAUGAAUUCAUCCUGUACGCCGUGAGGAACUCUAUCCACCGCUAUGACUUAGCUACAGGUGUCGACCAGCCCCUGCCUCUCUCAGGACUCCGUGAGGCGGUGGCUCUGGACUUUGACUAUGAGAAGAACUGCCUCUACUGGGCCGACAUUUCACUUGACACCAUACAGAGGCUGUGUUUGAAUGGCAGUUCUGGCCAAGAGGUGAUUGUUAGGAAAGGCCUGCAGAAUGUCGAGGCUCUGACCUUUGAUCCCGUCAGCCGACUUCUCUACUGGGUGGAUGCUGGCUCUCAGAAGAUAGAGGUCUCAAACCCUGAUGGGGAUCUGAGACGUACCCUGGUCAACUCUUCCAUUUUGGAGCACCCUCGAGCCCUGGCCCUUAUGCCCGGAGAGAGCCUGAUGUUCUGGACGGACUGGGGAGACAGAGCAGCCGGCGUAUACCGAAGCUGGAUGGACGGCUCCAACGUGUCUCGCAUCGUGUCGGAUGGUGUGCGCUGGCCGAACGGCAUCACGGCUGACGAGAACUGGCUCUACUGGACCGAAGCGUAUGGGGACCGCAUCGAGAGAUCCGACUUCACAGGGGGACAGCGCACAGUGCUCAUGGAGGGGCUGCCUCAUCCCUACGCUAUAGCUGUAUUUAAGAAUGACCUCUACUGGGAUGACUGGUCAAGAAUGGGCAUCUUCAAGGCACCGAAGUCAGGCUCACCAAACAGCGAGCUCCUCGUUGGCAGGCUGACCGGCGUCAUGGACCUUAAAAUCUUCUACAGGGGCAAAGCCAGAGGUCAUAACGCAUGUGCGGAUCAGCCGUGUACACUGCUGUGUUUGCCCCAGCCGGGCCACAGGCAUAGCUGUGUGUGUCCAGACGGAGUAGCCACCACCAGUCUGCCCUCAGGAGAGCUCCAGUGUCAGUGUCCCAGUGGGUACCAGCUCCAGAACAACUCAUGUGUGAAGACAGAACACACUUGUCUGCCGAACCAGUACCGAUGCUCGAACGGCAAGUGCAUCAGCAGCAUCUGGAAGUGCGACAGCGACAACGACUGUGGAGAUAUGAGCGAUGAGCAGGAGUGCCCCACCACCUCUUGUGAUCCAUCUGUGCAGUUCCGCUGCGUAGCUUCAGGUUCAUGCAUCCCUUUGGCUUUCAAGUGUGAUCACGAGGACGACUGUGGUGACAACAGUGACGAGGAGCACUGCGACUCUCAUCAGUGUGGGCCUGCGGAGUUCACGUGUGCGAGAGGAGUGUGUAUUCGUGACGCCUGGCGCUGUGAUGGUGAUAAUGACUGCCGGGACUGGUCUGAUGAGGCCAACUGCACUGUCGGCCACCACACAUGUGAGAGCAGCAGUUUCCAGUGUCACACAGGUCACUGCAUUCCUCAGCGCUGGGUUUGUGAUGGUGACGAUGACUGUCAGGAUGGUUCUGAUGAGGAACCCAGUCACUGUGAGGGAGAUCGCUGUAAUGGCUUCCUGUGUUCUAAUGGCACAUGCUUGCCUGCCAGCUCCCACUGUAACGGCGUGGAGGAGUGCCCAGGGGGCGCCGACGAGCAGCACUGCGAUCCUCUGUGCACGCGCUACAUGGAGUUUGUGUGCAGGAACAGAGCUCAGUGUCUCUUCCAGUCGCUGGUGUGUGACGGCACGAAGCAUUGCUCCGACGGCUCGGACGAGGACGCAGCUUACGCCGGCUGCUCCACGCAUCCUGAAUUUGAGAAGAAAUGUGAUGCCUACAAUUUCCAGUGCUCCAACGGGGUGUGUGUGAGUCUGGACUGGAAGUGUGACGGCAUGGACGACUGUGGUGACUACUCAGACGAGGCAAACUGUGCAGGUUCUCCCACCGAGGAGCCGGGCUGCUCGCGCUACUUUCAGUACGAGUGUAAAAACGGCCGCUGUGUGCCCACGUGGUGGAAGUGUGAUGGUGAGAAUGACUGUGGAGACUGGUCUGAUGAGGCACAGUGCACAGACGGACUGUCUCCCCAUACUCCUGCCCCGGGCCCUGCCACGUGUGCCCCUAAUCGUUUCCACUGCGGCUCUGGAGCGUGUAUAGUAAAUAACUGGGUGUGUGACGGCUAUGCUGAUUGCCCUGAUGGCAGUGAUGAAGUGGGCUGCCCCACAGCCUCCAACAGCUCGGUGACUCAGAUGCCUGUGCCCACUCGUGCCCCUGACCCGACUGGCCGUUGUUCCAGAGGACAGUUCCUGUGUCGUAAGCCGCCCACAUGCAUCCCAGAAUGGCAGCGUUGCGAUGGCCACCGCAACUGCCAAGACAACUCGGACGAGUCUGGUUGUCCUACCCAUGAGCCACUGGUGUGUGUGAACGGGACACUGUGUGCUGACUGGGAGGCAUGUGUACUGGAGAGUGAAAGGUGUGAUGGCUUCCUAGACUGCUCAGACCACAGUGAUGAGGACAACUGCACUGUCGACCAGCUGGUGUAUAAAGUGCAGAACCUGCAGUGGCACGCAGACUUCUCCGGCACCGUCACGCUCACCUGGUCCCGACCCAAAAGCAUGCCGCCCUACUCCUGCUCCUUUCUCAUCUUCUACAGGCUGGUAGGGGCUCAGCAGUGGACCACCAUGGACACACACAGCAACAAGAGCAGCUAUACACUGAGUGUGCUGAGACCGGACACCACCUACCAGGUGAAAGUGGUGACGCAGUGCCUCAGCAAGCAGCACAAGACCAACGAGGUGCUCACACUGCGGACACCGGAGGGCUUGCCUGAUCCUCCUCAGGAUUUGCAGCUAAGCUGUGAUAACGCAGAAGACGGCACGGUGCUGUGCUCCUGGAGUCCUCCAGCUAAUUCUCAUGGCUUCAUCAGAGAGUACAUUGUGGAGUACAGUGAGAAGGACAGUUCAGAGUGGUUUUCCCAGAGAAGUACUAGCACCAGUACUAAGGUUAAGAGCCUGCAGCCCAGCGCCCUCUACAGCUUCAGGGUUGCUGCAGUCACCAGCAGAGGGGUGGGCAACUGGACGGAGAUCAAAUCCAUCAACCCUCAGAAAGCUUUGGCUCCGCCGGUUACAAAGAUUACAAGCAUCACGGAAGACAUGGUGAAACUAGCCAUCAGCUCUGACUACAAGGUGAAACACUACAUGGUGGUGCUGUCUUGGGUUUUCGACAAGCACGUGAAAGAAAACAGGAACUACACUGUCUCGGACACUCUUACAGCCACUAAUCUGACGGCGGGGACGGUGUAUGAGGUGGCAGUGUGGGCACAUACCACUGAUGGAGACAGUCCCACUGCCCUGACACGCCUAGAGACAGUAGGAAUACAGCCAGCACAACCACUGCUCAAAGCCCGGGCGCUCAAUCAAACCGCUGUGGACUGCAGCUGGACUGGACCUCAGGCACAGAUGUAUGGUGUGUUCUAUGCCACCUCCUUCCUGGAUCUUUACCGCCGGCCACGCAGUGUGAACAGCACCAGCACCAGCAUAACCGUCACCGUGGACAGCGAUGAGCAGUAUCUCUUCCUUGUGCGGGUGAUCUCACCGUAUCUGGGCCCUCCAUCAGAAUCGGCUGUAGUGAAGAUGAUCCCUAAUGAAAGGCUUCCUCCACGCAACCUGCAUAAAGUCCUAGUGGAUAAAACACAGGCCAUACUGAAAUGGCAGCCGCCAUACGACUCCCCCAGCGCUCCUCUGACGUAUGUAGUGCAUUUGAGGGACACGGUGCGGAAGACGGAGCGUGAUUAUAAAGUCACCACUCAGAACAACACAGUGGAGUACAGCCUUAAGGGACUGGAGCCUGGCGGUCGCUACAGUAUCACCGUCCGACUCCGCAACAUGACCAAGGAGGCCAGUUACACUCUUAACACAGUUCCUCUACCUCCACCCGAUGCUCUCAAGAUCCUCACCGAGCAAGACCAUGUGUUCCUGUUCUGGAAGAGCUUGGCCGUGAAGGAGCGGAGUUUCAACGAGAGUCGUGGCUACGAAGUGUCCGUGUACGACAGUGUAAGUAACUCCACCACAUCGCUGGGAAACACCACAGAGACCUUCUUCAGGAUCAGUAAUCUGCUGGUGGGCCACAACUACACAUUCACAGUGCGUGCUUGCUGCUUGGUGAACGGCCAACUGUGUGGUGAAGCGGCGGUGUUGCUGUACGAUGAGCUGGGGAGUGCAGGAGCAGGUGCCAGUGACUCAGCUGCUCGUUCAGGCCAUUCAGGUGACACAGCAGCUGUGGUGGUGCCGGUUCUGUUCGUGCUGUUGCUGUGUGUGUGUGGAGGUCUCGUGGCUCUGUACGUGCGCCACCGCCGCCUGCAGCACAGCUUCACCGCCUUCGCCAACAGCCACUACAACUCACGCCUUGGCUCAGCCAUCUUCUCCUCAGGAGAUGAGCUUGGCGAUGACGACGAGGAUGACCCCAUGAUUGGCGGCUUCGCAGACGACGUUCCCAUGGUGAUAGCAUAGUUGCGUUGUUGAGCCACUAUGCCCUUUUCCUCCGACUCACUCUCCCCUCGUCUUCUGUUCGUCUCUCCUCCUUUUUCACAUGUAUCUGUGCAGUAUACCUCCGCCCCAAUUGGCUGAUUCCACGCCCCCCCCCCCCCCCAAUCUGGGAUUUCAGGAUACAAAGCAAGAAAGGAGAAAACAAAGCAAAAGAGAUAUUUUUAAGAAAAAAAAAAUCUAUGAUGCACUUUUUCGGAUGCGCAAUAGCUUAUUUUUUUAUAUAUAAUAUAUCGUUUGUGGGUGAUGGACCUUGUGGGAAGAGGAAAACAAAAGCGAGCAGAAGCGAGCCGUGAAGAGGUUUGUCAGCUGGGCUCAGUGGUCAGGGAACAGAGCCUGCAGUCCCACCAAAUCACAAACACACUGGAGCGUUGCAUUCGCUUAAAAAGCUUAAAUAAGCACCUAUCAACUAUCCACAAGAACAUUCAAAAUCAACAAAAAAAACUCAAAUGUAUAAAUGUACAAAGGAAAAAAUGGACCAAUGAAUGGCAAUUUAAAAAAAAUAUAAAAGAAAAAAAGGGAAAGUGGUAUUUAGGAUGUUGACAGUGAAUUGCACAGAAAUUGAUUGUUAUAUAUUCUUUUAUUGUGUCACUUUGUCAGUAGACGUGUGUCUUUGCCCACAGUACAUUGUUAACAUUUUGAUGUUCAGAUCUGUUUCUCUUUUUAAUGUGUCUACAUAUCUCUUCAGAGCCUGUAUAGAUGUGUUUUUCUGCUCGUGGAAAAUGUGAACUCACGUUUUGUUUUUACGAUAACUAGAUUUCUUUUUUCAAAACCUUUCUAGCGAUAAUGCUGAAUCACUGUAAGGCAUUGAAGAAUGAUUGGCAGAUUAUCUUUUUAUAAUUUUUUUUUUUAUAAGUUGUUCUCAGAGUAUUCGGAGUGUUUUGGCCUCCAAAGCUGACACAAGUUCCCCCUGUUAAAAAAAAAGCUUUUCCCAAAAUUUAACAUUUCAAAAUGGCACUGAUUUCUCUAUACAUUGUUUUAUUGUUUGAUUUUUUUUUUUUUGUAAUUAUUAUUAUUUUUUUUUUUACAUUGAAUUUUCAUAAGUAAUGGUGAAACUGUUACAAUGCUCCCAUUAGCUGUCAUUUUAACAGUCUUUUGAUGUUCUCAGGGAAGUGUGUGUGCGUGCGUGCGUGUGUGUGUGUGCGCGUGCGUGUGUUAGGGCAUGGUACCAGUGUUAUCAGCCUGUGUAAGUGGUUAGGGUGUGUUUUUAUCUCUGAGGCAGUCAUGCAGCGCAGCAGCUUUGUCUUACACGUCAGUCAAGACUUCAUCGUCACAUCUUGUGCCAAAUGUACAAGAAAGCAGAGAGAAUAUAAUAUAAUGAUAAUCUGACCGCGCUUUGAAGAGGUACAUUGGAAUCGGAAAACCUGUUGAAUCUCGUCGAUAUCGAGUACUGCUCGCAAGCCUUGUUUAUGAAUGUAUUUUUGUUUAUAUGUAUUUUUUGAGUUAAUGUGGAAAGCAAUCACACUGAUUACAAAGCCCACCUCUAUUUUUCCCGAACUGUUCGUUUUCACGUUGGAGUCAGGUACAGUCGGUACGGGUGGGCUGAUUUAUCCAUUCACGUCAUGUCUGCCUUCUGUAGUUACAAUAACUCGGCUGUGAUUUCACUUCUUCUUAAACUUCUACCAUGUGUUGUGAAAUAUGUGUAACCCGACUACACUGUUUUCUCUUUCGGCUGUAGACAUGACUGCAUAGAUACACUUGCAGAAUUGUACAUCAUUCCCAAUGAUCUAGUUUGAUUUUCAGUUGCAUAGUCUGCCACAUAUGCCUUAUUAUAAACAGUUUGAGUUGUGUGGUCAUGUCUAGUCGAUGGAAAAACUCGUUGGUUGUUGCCCAAACUAUAAAAAGAUGACUGCAACUUAGUGUCAGCUGUGUUGUGUUUCACUGAAGCACCUGGUUGAAUUCUGAACCACUAAUUCCCAUCACUCAGUAUGUCUUCGUGUGAAGUUUGCAAUGUUGAAACCCACUGGUUUUUUGAAAUAGGAUGUUUACUUAUGCACAGUAAUGACAUCCGGCACAGCCAUGUUUUGAUUUGAUUCUGCUUGCCUGUGGAGGGUUUUGCAGACAUGAAUCUUGUGAAGAGGUACCGUCAGAGGUGUUUUAAGAACCACUUAUGCGCAAAUAAACACAUUGAAACCGA